AUGGAAGAAAGAGACAAUGAUGAAGAAGAAAGCAGAAAAGCAGUUGGAAUCAGAGUCCAAACCUGGCGAUUCUUGAGAUUGAACUACUGCAUCUGCGAAGAAGAACGAACCUAUGAUGUAGAUGGUUGGCUUGAUGCAUGGAAGGUGAGUGGCUUCAUGUCCAUGGAACGUAUUUUAGACAGAAUUAAAGAACUACAUGCCAUGCAGGGUAUGAUAAUGGGUGCUUCAGUUUCAACUGUAUACUUCAAUUUGAGGCUUAGGCACCCAACACUGGACAUGCCCCUUAUAGAUUAUGAUCUGGCAUUUCUCUUUCAGCCAAUGCUCGUGCUGGGCAUCAGCAUAGGAGUUGCCUUCAACGUCAUGUUCGCCGACUGGAUGGUUACAGUUCUACUUAUUAUUCUCUUCUUAGGAAGCAGAAAAGUAGUUGGAAUUGGAGUCCAAACGUGGCGAUGGUUUCAUUGCAAGAUGAGCAGAUUCUGUCUUAUUGAAUUUGUGAACAACUCUGUCCAAGUACCUAUAUCACACAACAUUUACUGGAAGGAGUUAUCGAUGCUUGUGUAUGUCUCGGUGGCUUUUCUUAUUGUUCACAUUGUUAAGACAUCACUAGCAAUGUAG